AUGUCUAUCCGAGGUAAAUACGAGCCCAUCACCACCGCAGCCCAAGGCACAGGUGGCAAUAACAACCGCGGCGUAAUCGUCGUCCGACACAAGAAGUAUAAAACUGUAUGGAUCGAGAAGCGCGUGCGCCCCGGAGCCAUCAUCUACGGCAGCGCACAGCGCGAAAUCCGCAUGAUGCAACAAGCCGGGAACCACCCGAACAUAGUCUCCCUGUAUGACUGGACACUCGAGCACGAGCGUGUAGGCUAUGGCUCACUAUACCUGCAGCGCGGCGAACUAGGCCCGCUCGACGCCCUGAUCAUCCGCUACCGCAACAAGGGUAAGAAGCUGGAGGAUGAGGGCUUCGCGUGGAAAGUCCUGUGGGAUUUGACUGCCGCGGUGCGGUACGCAGCAGCGGGUCGCGUUAUUCACAAGGCGCCCGGCUGGAAACCGAUUUACCACCGUGAUAUCAAGCCGAGCAAUAUGUUCAUGACGUGGGAGGGACAGGGUGAUGUUCGGUGGCCGAACAUGUUGCUUGGAGAUUUUGGAUGUGCGCUUACGGACGACGAUAGACCGGAAGCAAAUGCGAUGCCGCUGGGUGACAAGGACUUCGCUGCGCCAGAGGAGCCGGCGUAUUCUCAGUACACGGAUGUGUAUAGUUCGGCGCUGGUCAUUGCGUGUUUGGGCUGGAUGGUGCAUGCGCCGCCGAAGGGCAUACAUGCGUUGUCGAAUAACUGGGCGAGCGCGGCUAUGCAUGGCAUUUUGGAUCGUAUGUUGAAUCAUUAUAUGCGGGAUCGACCGACGCCGGGUGAGUUGCCCAAGUAUGUAUAUCGUGCGCAUCAAGAGUGGUUGGCAACGCAGCGCGAUUAUCCUGGGGCUAGACUGCGCGACUUGGGGACUUUUUAG